CACCGAAUCACGUCAACCGCUUCUAACUUUUGCAUCAUCUUCCUCCAUUCCCGCUAUCAGACACGUACACAGUAGUUCUUUUUUACACUACCUCCCCCCACGAUAUAAUACGAGGGAGAGAGUGUUCAACCAGCGGCACGAGUAUUUAGCAGUUCCCCGAUGCUUAUGUCUUGAUCAACUAACACCGUCGCUGAGACAAAAGGACCAUGGGAGCUGAAAUCCAAUAUAUCGGUGCAUUCAGCCUCUCAAGCGCCAUUCUCAUCGCAGGGCUGACUGUUGUCAUUUGCGCUGCGUACCGCACGAUAUGGGCUCGUAAGAGCGGCAUCCCCCCGCUUCCACCUGGCCCUCCACCCGAACCCCUAUUGGGACAUUAUCGUAUCGUCCCGGAAGACGCCGCGUUCAAGCGGUAUGCUGAGUGGGCAAAGGAGUACGAGAGCGAUGUGCUUUUCUUUCAAACCUUUGGCACCAAAUGGGUGGUUCUAAACACCCUCGCGGCAGCGACAGAGCUACUUGAGAAGCGAGGGUCGACCUACGCAGACCGCCCCCGUUUCGUUAUGUUUGAGGAGAUGGGUUGGUCGCCGACGCUCACAUGGCUCCGCUGGGGUCCAAAGUAUCAUCUUCACCGGAAGGUCUUACAGCCCCCCUUCACCAAGUCCCGGGUCGGCCAAUACACGGCCCAUCAGCGGAAGGAAGCCUUCAUUUGUUGUAAGAACUUGAUCGACAAUCCGAACGACUGGCUCAGUUCCGUCAGACGGUUCUCCGUGGCCAUCGUGCUCCAGAUUGCGUAUGGACUUGGGGUGGAAGGGCCCAAAAGUCGGUGGAUUCAGUUGGCCGACGACACUGCCAACGCAAUCGGAAAGUCGGGGGCGCCCGCCAGUUCAAUCAUGGACCGCUUUCCGGCGACUCGGUAUCUACCUGAAUGGCUUCCCUUCAUGGAAAGACUACGCUACGCCCAUACCUGGAGGCCUGCCAUCCAGAACCUCACAAGCCUCCCUUUUGAGGCUUCCUUAAAAUUGAUGGAUUCGACAAACAACCACUCAUUUGUUCAUGAGCGGAUGAGCAUCUUAAAUCAUAAUGCCCACGGCGGGUUACCUAAUGAUUUCGACCUGGAGGACAUCAAAGGGGCAGCGGCGACCAUCGUCAUCGCCGGCAAUGACACUACAGCUGCCACAGUCAUGCUCUUCGUCCUCUACUUAAUGCAAAACCCCGACGCGCAGCGCAAAGCACAAGAGGAGGUCGACCGAGUGGUAGGGAGCGAUAGGCUGCCGACGUGGGACGACAUCCCCAACCUGCCUUACACAAACCUCAUCUUGCAGGAAACCUACCGGAUGAACCCUCUCUCACCACUUGGCAUUCCUCAUGCAAGUGUUGCAGACGACGUGUACAACGGCAUGUUCAUCCCAAAGGGCACCGUGAUUUAUCCGAACGUUUGGGCCAUGUCCCAUGACGAGUCCGUCUAUGCCGAGCCCUUCCGUUUCUGGCCCGAGAGGUAUCUCCCCAAGGAGCAGGGUGGCAAUGGAGAGCCGUUACCGGUGGGGAAUUUCGGGUUUGGGCGACGGAUCUGCAUUGGCAGGAACCUGGCGGAGAACAGCCUCCUGAUCGUAUUAGCCACCAUGCUCGCCACCAUUGAUAUUGACUGGCCGCGAGGAGCAGAUGGCAAACCAACCCCUUUUGAGCCCGAGUGGUCAUAUAGGGGCCAGGCUUCCGUCUUGCCGUUCAGGAGCUCGAUCAAAAGCCGGUCUCUCAAAUCCAAAGCAUUGCUGGAUGGCGAGGUACAGGCUUUAGAGGGCCACUGUUGAUGGCCAACAAUGCCCCCAUUUUCCCGUUGCAUUUGUACUGGUGGCAUCUCCUGCUCGGUCAACCACUUAUUUACAUAAUACAUCUCCCAUCUUCGCCACGGCU